AUGGGCGUAAGGUUAGGCUUCCUCCGAAGCUUAGAGCUAAGCAGGAUAAUUUUUGAACCAUUGAUGAUAAUCAAAAGCUUUCGACAGGUUGAGAAACUGUUGCUGUACGAACGACGCGCUAACCUGAAUGAUUACGAUGUACACAAUUCACAAAGGAGAUGCGUUGAUCUAAAGAAACAAAUUGAUGACUACAUUAAGAAGGCAGAAGCAAUAAGAGUGGAUGCGAAAAGCACUGAUUUGAAACAGCGUUUAUUAGAACAACUGGAUAAUUUAUCGGACGACCUUGCCUUAUUCAUUAAUCCUCAUCACUUGGGAAAGAAAUCGACGAUGGCUGCGGACAGAAUCGAGCAACCAACAGUGGAUUUAAACCAAACAACACAUCAAGGGAACGAAUCAGAAAGGCAUGAUGCUACGAACGGAUGGUCAAUGCAUGAAGGAAUAUCGCAUGAAGAUGUGCUCGAUUCUGCGAAGAACAAAGAAUUCGUUAAUGAUUCAAUUGAGCGAGAACGACACGAUCACUAUCAACAUGAACAAGGACGUCCAGCAGAUAAUCUUCCAUCAGGUGGUGUUCUCGUUGGAGGGAACCAAUUUAUAGUGAUCGCUGAUUUUGAAGCUGAAGAGAAUUCGGAUUUAAGCGUGAGGAGUGGUGAAAUAGUCAGCAUUCGGGCUACUAGGUUAUUCUUUGAUCUAUCGAACUGCCCGAAGCGCAUCUAUCCCAAUCAGUUGACAACCUUUUUUGACAUGAAAGAUGGCUGGUGGGUUGCUGAGAGAAGUGAUGGAAAACGUGGUCUCAUUCCGAAGACGUUUCUGAAAUCAGUUCCGAAAGAUUGUACACCAGUCGAGCAAAACAAGAAUGAAACAACGGCCAAAUCAUUGCCGGUUCAAUAUUCCAUCCAAAAUAAGUUUGGCUCAUCGGACGAAGAUGCUUGCGCAUUUUCUCACCAUAACUCAGCUGAUGAUGAUCCAUUCAAAAAUCCAGUAGCCAGUAAAGCAACUUGGAAAAUGUCGAAAAUCAUGCCAAAUACUGUGGCAACUGGUGAAGAAGAAAGAAUGAGGACGAUGCCAGAAAAAAUCUUGAAACAGUUGAGAACAUCCCAAAAAGAACGUGAAACUUGCUUGGGCGUUGCGUUGAAGCAUGGCGACAAGGUUCGUAAAAGAAGAGUUCGUGUCAGUAAAAUCAUCCGUCUUUUACGCUUGGAGAAUGUCUCAGUUGAUUCAAACAAUGUACAUGGUGGCCUAAUAAGAAUUUGCUUAUUCGAUCUCACUGGCAAAACUGGAAGACAAAUAGUAAGUGUGAGCAAUAUUCAUACAAUAAAAGCUCAAACUCGAUCUCGCGGAGGCAAAAUGUGGAUGUUCAUUUCAAAAAUAGAUGUUAAUGUGCUCACUUCAUCCGAUGUUAAAUUACUUUUCCAAUAUUUAUUUCAGACUGAUGCCGAAUACGGCAGUAUGGAAUUUUCAGAUUUUUUCAUCCGCUCCAACUAUAUUCAAAUGGAUGUCGUUCUUUUGUUCGAGGCAUCUGUCAUCCAGUCUUCAUUUGAACGAGAGAGUGAACUUUUGGAAACAUCACUGGGAUAUGCGUAUAUGCCAAUUAUUGGAGAGAAUGGUCAUUGCUGCUUGCAGAAUAAGACGUAUACACAAAACCUGCUUAUGGGGAAUAUUUUAAAGCAAAGCUUUGGAGGAACGAAUCCAGUUAAAACUCAAAUGAGACUAGUUAUGCGCAUUUCGGAUGUUAGCGAAACGAUUGUUACAUACGUCGAUUUUAGUUCUCUAUCGGAUAUUCUUAUAUGGAAUCCGAUGUUUGCUAGACUCGGUUUUUACUACAGAAGAGCGUUGGGUGAGGUGCUUGUGAAAGAACGGCAAAAUCCAAUAAGUGCGGAAUUUUUGUUUGAUCCGUUUUUGGCGACAUUCCCCAUUAUUGCGGAUCAAACUGACGUAAUGGAAUUGAUUCAUUCGCUUUGGUUGGAAAAACUCAAGUCACAAGGACACAAAAAGAAGGACGAAUCUGAAGAAGUUGCUCAAUUUCGUCAAUUUUAUAUGAGCACUGCAUUGGUAGUUCAUGGUACAGGUUCGAUGCCUAAUUACGAUAUUCUCAACACACAAGCAAUGGUCCAAAGAUGCGCCGUUUUAAAAGCAUUCAAAGAGCAGUACGUAGUCGAUGCAAAUCCAAUCAAAUUGAUUGCGAAUCAACAUUUAAAAAUGCUUGAUGUUUUUUCAUACGCUGUUGAUUUGGUCGGCGAUCAUGCAAUCGAUUAA